AAUAAAUGUGAUUGGCUAAAAGAUAUUCACUGCGAUACUUAAAUCUCGCGUGUUUAACGCGAAAAAACGAGAAGCGAAGACUACAGAAAAAUGGCGAGUAGCCGUCGGGCUGGAUUAACUGCUGAUAAUUCACCCCUCGGUUCAGAUUGUGGUCGGGAUUUAUUUGAAGCGUGUAGGAACGGAGAUCUUAAUAAAGUAAAAAAGCUCGUCAAUACAAAUAAUGUGAACGCUAAAGAUACCGCUGGAAGGAAAUCUUCACCAUUACAUUUCGCUGCAGGGUUUGGCCGGAAGGAUGUGGUGGAACAUUUACUAGGUAUAGGUGCAGAUGUUCAUGCCAGAGAUGAUGGGGGGUUAAUCCCACUCCACAAUGCUUGCUCAUUUGGGCAUGCAGAGGUGGUUCAGCUCUUGUUACGCCAGGGAGCAGAAGCCAAUGCCAGAGACAACUGGAACUAUACGCCAUUGCAUGAAGCUGCAAUAAAGGGCAAAAUUGAUGUUUGUAUAGUUUUACUGCAGCAUGGAGCAGAUCCUUCAAUAAGAAAUACAGAUGGCAAGACUGCCCUUGAUCUGGCUGAGCAGUCUGCAAAGAUUGUCCUCACUGGAGAGUAUAAGAAAGAUGAGCUGCUGGAAUCAGCAAGAAGUGGCAAUGAGGAAAAAAUGAUGGCAUUGCUUACACCCCUCAAUGUUAAUUGUCAUGCUAGUGAUGGGAGAAAGUCUACUCCACUUCAUCUAGCAGCAGGUUAUAACAGGACAAGAAUUGUGCAGUUGUUACUACAGCAUGGUGCAGAUGUACAUGCCAAGGAUAAAGGUGGCUUGGUACCUCUCCAUAAUGCCUGUUCAUAUGGUCACUUUGAAGUUACCGAACUGCUGCUCAAGCAUGGAGCUAAUGUGAAUGCCAUGGAUUUGUGGCAGUUCACCCCUCUCCAUGAGGCAGCUUCCAAGAGUAGAUUAGAAGUGUGCUCUCUGUUGUUAGCUCAUGGUGCUGAUCCCACCCUUGUCAACUGUCACUCAAAGAGUGCUAUAGAUGCAGCACCUACCAGAGACUUACAGGAGAAAUUGCUGAAUGAAUACAGAGGACAUGCUCUGCUAGAGGGAGCUCGACAGGCAGAUUUGGCAAGAGUGAAGAAAUAUCUCAGUCCAGAUACAGUCAAUUUCAAGCAUCCUUAUACUGGAGAUUCAGCAUUGCACUGCUCCUCCUCCUCUCCAUUCCCCAAGAGGAAACAGGUCACUGAAGCUCUCAUAAGAAAAGGAGCAAACUUGAAUGACAAAAAUAAGGAGUUCCUCACACCUUUACACAUGGCUGCAGACAAAUCUCACAUUGAGAUUGUGGAUGUUUUGCUCAAACAUGGAGCCAAGGUAAAUGCCUUGGAUGGUCUUGGUCAGACUGCUCUCCAUAGGGUUGCCCAGCAAGGUAAUAUCCAAGCUGCUCGUCUUCUUCUAACUUAUGGUGCCGAACCUAGUAUAGUUUCACUACAAGGCUACACUGCUGCCCAGCUGGGAACAGAAAGCAUACAGAAGGUGCUCAGAGAUGAUUCAGUAGUGCCUAUGGCAGAGGAGGCUGCCAUAGGAGCUUCAGAUUUUGAUAUACAGCUACUGGAGGCUGCCAAGGCAGGAGAUAUGGAAGUGGUGAAAAAACUGAUUGGUAUCCAUUCCAACACUGUAAAUUGUCGAGAUUUAGAUGGGCGGCACUCCACACCCUUGCACUUUGCAGCUGGUUAUAAUAGAGUGGCUGUGGUGAAGUUCCUCCUAGAACAUGGGGCAGAUGUGCAUGCCAAAGACAAAGGAGGACUGGUUCCCCUACACAAUGCAUGUUCAUAUGGUCACUUGGAAGUCACAGAGCUAUUGAUUCAGCAUGGUGCUUGUGUCAAUGUAGCUGACCUGUGGAAGUUUACUCCUCUUCAUGAAGCAUCCGCAAAGGGGAAAUUUGAGAUUGUAAAACUCCUUUUAAAGCAUGGAGCAGAUCCAGUGAAGAAGAACAGAGAUGGUCACACACCACUGGACCUGGUAAAAGAAGGAGACCAGGAUGUAGCUGAUAUACUUAGAGGUGAUGCUGCCUUGCUUGAAGCUGCUAAAAAAGGUAAUCUGGACAGAGUGAAGAAGCUGGCCACACCUGAUAACAUCAACUGUAGAGAUCAACAAGGAAGGAAUUCUACACCUCUACACCUGGCAGCUGGAUAUAAUAAUGUUGAAGUGGCAGAGUUUCUUCUGGAACAUGGAGCUGAUGUGAAUGCCCAGGACAAAGGAGGACUUAUACCUCUGCACAAUGCUUCUUCUUAUGGGCAUGUGGAUAUUGCUGCCCUCCUGAUUAAAUUUAGUGCCAAUGUUAAUGCUGUGGACAGGUGGGGUUUUACCCCAUUGCAUGAAGCCUCACAGAAAGGCAGAACACAACUGUGUGCAUUAUUGCUUGCUCAUGGUGCUGACCCAACUAUGAAGAACCAAGAAGGCCAAACACCUCAUGACUUGACCACAGCAGAAGAUGUGAAAGUGUUGCUGCAGGAUGCAAUGCCCCCUGCUCUGAUGCCACCAACAACAACCAAAGCUGCAGUUCCUACUCUAGCAGGCCCAGUGGGUGCCUCUAAUGGUCUAGAUAAUUUAGUUGGAGCAGUAGGUGGUAUUGGUAUCAGCCAGCCUAACACUGGAGAUGGCUGCAUAGACAGGGGUAGAAUUGAAGGCGAAAAGGACCUGGAAAAUAUGAGUGUUGCAUCUUUCCUCAGCAGCAUUGGCUUAGAUCAGUUGAAAGACAUUUUUGAACGUGAACAGAUCACUAUGGACAUUUUAGUUGAAAUGAGGCACGAUGAACUUAAAGAUAUUGGCAUUAAUGCCUAUGGACAUCGACAUAAAAUUUUAAAAGGGAUUGAAAAACUUCCUUCUGGUGCUGCUCAACCCAUGCCGUUCACCCCAGCCACACACAGUAAUCCACAAGGCACCAUCCUCAUAGAUCUUACUACUGAUGAUGCAGAAUAUGUGUCUGUGGAGGAACAGAUGCAAAGCACAAUUCGUGAACAUAAAGACAAUGUGGGAGGAAUAUUUGAUAAAUAUAAUAUUAUCAAGAUUCAGAAGAUCCGUAACAAGAGGCUGUGGGAGAGAUAUCAGCACAGGAAAAAGGAAGUUGCAGAUGAAAACCAUGGCCAUGAUAAUGAAAGGCUGCUUUUCCAUGGCUCCCCAUUUAUUAAUGCUAUAGUUCACAAGGGUUUCGAUGAGAGGCAUGCUUACAUUGGAGGCAUGUUUGGAGCAGGUAUAUAUUUUGCUGAGAAUUCAUCUAAAAGUAACCAGUAUGUAUAUGGCAUUGGUGGAGGAACUGGAUGUCCAGUACACAAGGACAAGUCAUGCUACAUUUGUCAUAGGCAGCUAUUAUUGUGUCGUGCCACACUUGGCAAGUCAUUCCUGCAGUUUAGUGCUGUCAAAAUGGCCCAUUCCCCACCAGGUCACCAUUCUGUUAUUGGCCGGCCUAGUAUGGGUGGUUUAACAUUUGCUGAGUAUGUUGUGUACAGGGGUGAGCAGGCUUAUCCAGAAUAUCUCAUCACAUACCAGAUAGUAAAACCAGAAGCAGAUGGGAAAAAGUAAACCUGGAUCUCAGGGAGGACAGAAUCUUCAUUUUGCUAUGAAAAAACAGAGAAUUGAAGUCAUUUCCAAGUCUUUGACAACCAGAGUGAAAUCUUUCUGCAAUAACAUCAAGAGCUUCAGAACUAAAAUCGUUCUAGAUUUCUCUGUGCUACUGACAGAUUUAAUGAAAAAAUUAUCUGGCUUAUAUUUGGAACAGCAUUUGUAGAAUAUUUAUUUAUUUCUAUGUUCUUUGAACAUGUGAUUGUAGUUAGACUUGUGUUUAAAUUCAACCAUCACCGUGCUUGUUUCUUCAUUUCCCAGUACUCCCCCCCCCCCCCUCUUCCCACAUUUUUACUUGUACCAAGGCAAUGACACAUCCCAAAGCAGAUGCAAUAUUUUGUUGUUCAUGAAAAUGCAAUUUUCUCAAGGUUAUAAUUAUAACAGGUGUAUUUCUUCAUUGGAAUUGAUAUGCUUGUAAAUGACCACUCUGAGCUGAGAAUAUUAGUGUGAGUUUAUUUUUUUAUUUGUAGUUUGCUUUGUCUUAUAUUGUAAGAAAGGUGAACCUUUAAUAGCAUCUUAGUAUUGUUUUCAUUUUUUUUUCACCUGUAAAGAACUAGUGCAAUAUCCUUGUGUCCAGACAAAAUUGUAAAACCUUUUACUUAAGUCAUGUGCACAUUAUAAAUUCACAGUUUUCUUUUUAAUGUCACAUUAAAGUGUGUUUGUGAAAAUGAUAAUGUACUCAGUGAUAAUAUAUAGCUGGUAUGAAUGUGUAAUAAUAAACCUUAAAUGUGUACCUUUGACUUUGUGAGCUUUGCCUUUGCUCAAAGAAACAGUAUAUUUUAUGGUUAGUAUAUAACUGCCAUGUAAAUUGUAAACAUGCUAUUUCAGAUUACUGUCAUAAGCGGAAGGUUUAUUUAUUAAAUAUGACCUUCCAUCUUAAUUUGGACCGUACAUGAUUUGGCAAUAUUUUAAUACAGAUGGUUUAACUUGUGUCAUGCUUAUUGUGCUUAAUUGACAAUUCCCUGUUGACAAAAGGUUUUGAAUGGAAGAUGAUAAUUUAGAAAUGUUGGUAUUAUCCAUUCUAUAUGUUGUAUACAGCCUACAGGUUGGUACCCAUUUUGCCUAUAAUUGAAGAAUUAGGAUCAAAUUAUUAUCUGCUUCCAUGCAACAUUUUGUAAGAAAAUAAACCAUUUCAGUCAAAAUGAUAUUUUUUGUAUUUUCUCUACCAGUAUUAUUUGCAUUUUUUAAAGAGGUAUUCUCUCGAUUCAAAAUGUUAUUUCUACUUUUUGAAACUUGAAGUGCUCGUGGUACAUGCCUUUAUUAGAAAAAUGUGGGCACCAAAAGAGGUGCUUGAAGCACACUUAAAUAUGAAAAAUGUGGACUCCUGGUGAAUUUCUCUUCUGUGCUAGAUGUAUGUAAUUACUCUAUAUUUUCAAUGGGGGGAAAUUGUGAAUUUUACAGAUACUAUUUUUAAGUCGUGAUUUCUUAAAAUUAGAACAUUC